AUGGGCUGCACCCCGUCCACGCAACUCCACGACGACGACUACAGCGUCGACAGCUCCUCCGACGGAGAGGACACGGCCGGCUCGACGGCGCGGUCGCCGCGGAGCUCUCAAAGAGACGUCAGGCAUUGGCGCAAGGUCGACCUGGAGUGCCGGGCGCUCUCGCGGCCGCCGGGCCCGCCCGACUUAGAUGAAGAAGAGACGACGCGGCCGGGCGACCGGCGCGUCAGCUUCCGGGAGAACCUCGAGGACGUCGUCCAGAUCCCGCCGCUCUCCGAGAUCUCGCGGUCGCUGCGCCUCGACGUCUACUGGUCGGGCCAGGAGUUCGACAACCUCCACCGGCAGCGGCAGCGGCUGAGCGUCGAGGUCGCGCGGCAGGUAUUGGCCGCCGCGAAGCAGGGCACGACGGCGACGAUCUCGACGGAGUUCGGGGGCGAGAGCCUGCGCGGGCUCGGGUUGGUGGAUGAGCGGUCGCUCGGCACGAUCGCCCAGCGCCAGAUGCGCAUAAGGGACCGGGCGCGGCGCGUCGUCGCGGCGCAGCUCGACGCGACGCGGUCGGCGCAGGAUGUGGCGAACCUCGCCGAGCGGUUGGCGAGGAACGACAUGGCGGCGGCCGCCGCGAUCGCGAACCGGGACCACCAAGUCGCCAUCGGGGAGACGCCGCAGCUAGCGACGCCGCCGUCGCCCGCCAUCAAGCUCGCGCCCGCCGUCAACGGCGCGAAAAAGCCGAAGAGCCCGGCGCACGCGGCGAGACGAGCGAGUGGCCUCGCGCGGGAGAAUUCCCUCGACGACUCGCAGCUGCGCCGGCCGCCGAUGAUCCGAGUCGACUCGCUGACGUCAGUCCGGACCGAUGGACCGUCACCUUAG